UCAAAUGAGAAGUUGACAGAACCAAGAAUUGUCAUGGCUUCGAUGUUCGAUAUGUCAUAUUAUUUCUUUCGCCUUUCUAUUGUGUAUUGCUGUGAUUUUUAUGCAUGCUCUAAUUGUCGAAAAAAUUAGAUGUUAACUGUUAAUUCAGAAUACCGUAAAUUGUGAUUUGUACUAAAUUUAUUAUUUAAAGUGCGUUCACUUUUUUCUUGUGACAAUCGGAAGAAUAAAAUUAUGGUGAUCGUGAAUUUGUGAGUACGGUUUUAAAGAAUCGGAAUUAUAUUAAGUAUAUUAUUGUCGUGUAACGUUUCAAGUUCGUCGGUGUAUUGUAUUUAUUAAAAAUGUCCGGGGUUCUUGCCGGUCAUGUUACUAAACGUAGGAGAGGUCGCCGUGUAAAGACUCGUUCAGUGUUAAGAAUGAUGGCAAUAAUGCAGGACAGGAAUAGUGAGGAAGUACCGAAGGAGUUUCUCGAGACGGGACGCACGGGCCGCAGGAACGCCAUGCCUGACAUCCUCCACCCGCAGGGUGCCGAGGUGACCACAGCUGACCUGCCGUCGCGGCUGCAGCAGCUGGUCACCUCUGAUCCCGACAACCCACAGCCAGGCUCGUCGAAGACCGAUCUGGACGUGAAGAAAAGCGACGACCCGCCGACGAAGAAGGGCAGUUGCAGUUGAGCUGCCUCGGCCCCCUCGCGGUGCCGCAUCCCCGCGCACCCCAGGAUUCGCCCAAAGCUAUAGUAAUCUCAACCAGGUAUCGUAAGCCCCACCUUAUUAUUAGGCGAGGCACAUGUAGUCAACAUCGAUAGUUUAGUAUGUAAGUGGGCUGUGCUUAUGACUUGGCAGCAUGGUCUCUGACCUUAGCCGGUUCUCUGUGGAACGAUUUAAAAAAAAGUAGGUGGGCUAUACGUCGAAAUUUAAAUGUAUGUUGCUCACAUGAAUGCUACAAUCGGUCGGAUAUAAGAUGUUUGAUUGCACUAUGUAUGAGUGUAGUUUAUUGGUUAGUCGUAGGCGUAGCAAGAAUACUCAAAUUUCGAUGGCAUAUUUUUUUUUUAAUGAAUUUUUUGAUGAUCACAUGAUGCGGUUAUACGCUCGAAUUGUUGCUCGUAAUGAAAAUUACUAUAAAUGGAAUAUGAAUAUUGUGGACACGACAUCGAUCGAGUUUAUCUAAGUUAGUGUGAUAAUCGACAUUACGCUGUGCUGGCCGUUGUACUGCUCAACUACACCAAGUUUUCCGUGCUAGAACUGGGCACAAUAAGCUUCUAUUUCAAUACGAUGUACAUGAAAGUGUAUGUGCACGCGAUUUGUCCAAAUAGAGUAGAAUACUGCAAAGAUGUUUCUUGAUGGAAGCCUAAUUCCAUUAACCAAUCUGUCAGCGCACUUAAUCAAAAUACAAGAAAUCCCUUCAAUCCGUGUUGCAAAAGAAAUUCGACGUAAAAUUACCGACGCGUAUAUAGAGGCAACAAUGGCGGAACCAGCUCUCGAGUCGGGGGGGAAGGGUCAUAUAGUCGAGGUCAAGAAGGGGAAGACUCCAAAUCGAUUGCAACAAAAGAAAUUAAUUAUAUUAUGUUAUUAUUUAAACUUCAAAUUAAUUUCAAUCAAAUAAGGUAAUCAAUUUUCCUCUGAACAUAAUUUAAAUAACAGUAUGUAAUAUUAUGCGUGUCAUUCGCGUGUAUUAGCUAUCAUGCAAAAUAUUUAGUUUAUUAAAUAUUAUAUUAUAAGAGUCAUUUAAAAAUUAUUAGUAGUCACCUACAUCCAACCCAAGGCGUGGUCAUGAUCUUAAUGACGCCACCCCUCUCCCGCCUCCUGGAACCACCUUUGACGGCUAGUAAGUUGUGAGAGAAGCAAACAACUACAUGGACAAUAGUCUAUAGAGCUAUACCACUCUGUCCAUUUCUAUGCCAAUGACUACGCCUACGAUUGACAUCUUAUCGCGUGACACAUAAUUUUUUUUUUAUUAUCUGUGAAACGCGAUAGUAAUGUAAUUGUCUAUGACAAUCGGAAGUUCAUUGUAAAAGUUAAUUGGUGAUAAUUAUUGUAUGUAACGAAACUUAAAACUUCGCAUGUAUGGUCAGAAUAUAUGGUCAGAAUAUAAUAAUGCGUGAAAAUAUUUUAAAUGAUGUGUGAAAGCCUGGGACAUAAUAAUUAGUAGGGAUGCUAAUGAAUUAACUGAGUCGAAAUAUUCCAUAAAAGGGGACAUUUUUAUAAUUAUAAUAAUUUAAUAUUCUUGCCUCAUUUAUAAUGUCAAUGUGAGUAUUCGCCAAUCUUCGUGUAUGUUUGAAAAUAUUCGCAGAUGAUUGACGAAUUAUUCAGAUCUGCUGACCAUACAGAAAACUAAAUGAAAGAAGUGUGUAGAAUAGAAUUUAUUAUAAAAUGUACGGACUGCUUCGAGGCUUGAAAGUCGUUAAGUUACUGUAAAAUAGCAACAUUUAGUAUGUUUUAAUUGAAUACAAAUAAUUUUAAAACGCUUAAAUUUGUGUUUUCUUAUAAAUAUUUUAUAUGUUGUAUUGUUUGUCUGUAGAAAAGUGUUUAGAUUAGGUUAAAUGGGCGGCUAAAUCUACUAUAGCGUUUGAUAUUCGUAGAUUAUUGUCUAUUACCGAUGGAAUAGUUUUGUUGGAAUAUUGUCAUGUUUGAAUGUGGGACAAGUAUAAAAUAGAUGUGGCUCUUCAACAAGUAAAAUACGCUACUUCGUUACAAUGUAAAAAAUAUACAAUUGUUGCUAAAAUGAAUGUAAAACACUAGUAAAUACAAUGUUAUCAUUAUUGCCGCUUCUAGAUAUUGUCGACAAUAUAAUUGUUUAAGCAUGUGGGUGUCUGGAACAAAUCAUGGUUGUAUUGCCAAACAUUUGUCAUGCCUAUUCGUGUGAAUAAAUCAACAGUAUUGAGAAACUAAAUUGGGGUCCAAUGGUUAACUAAACGGAAUAAGUCGUGUCAAAAUCCAGUGAAAUCAAAUAUGACGUUUGCCAUAGACAAGAUUGUGUUUUUUUUUUCAAACAGUGCAACCAGGAUUAAAAUGUGCAUAUUAUAAUGAGAAUAUCAAAAAUAAUAUUAUUAUUAAUAUAAAUUCGUGACGUCAUAUUACGAUGAUUAUUGUGUCUGCCGUGUUUCAUAAUAAUCUCGCACAAAACAUAACAUAGUUAUACACAAAUGCAUUUGCUGUAAUCGAUAAUUUGUACUUGAUGCUUGAAAAGGUCAAAUCGUUUGUAAUCUGUUCUUAGAUCUUAUUCGAAAUAAUAUCAACAAACGAUAUUAUACUGAUGCAUAAAUAAUAAUUAUUGUUUUACUAAUGUCAACACAAUUUUCCAAGAGUCAGGUUAAUUUUUGAUAAGAAAAUUUCGAAUUUAUAACCAAACUCGAUUUGAUAAGUUGUGUUAUUGACGUAAUAGUUUAUCUAUUUAAUUUAUCAGUCGUGUUACACAAUAUAUUUUUUAACGUAAGUUGCUUGUCGCUAAUGCAAUGUUGUUACAACGAGCUUUCUCAUAAAUACAUAAUCGUGUCAAAUAAUAUGGUUUUUAGAUGUACGGAAAAUGAUAGAUUCCCUUUAAAGCACUUUAAAGCGUGGAACCACAAAACUUUAUAAAUAUUGUAUUGGUACAUACAAAUUGUACCUUAAAAAACUUACAACGUUCUGCUACUUCUUUAGUAUAGUCUAUAAAACAUACUUAUAAAAAACCUGGCAACAAAUAUCUCGUCUCGAAUGGACGCUAUAGAUCGUCUCUUCCACUCCUGUAUCGACGUCAUGUACCAGACAGAGAAUAGUCAAUUAUUGACAGGAUACUUUUGAGGCUGUUCUUACAUAACGUAGCUGUAACGGAGCAUUUUGUAUUAUAUUUUACAUCAUUACCAUAAUAAUGUAUCAAUUGUUAUAUAUACAGGUGUAGAUUUUAAUACAAAUCGUAAACUUUUUCUUUGAUUUGCUUGAGACUAUCUUUCAGUUGAGUAUUAUAUGCCCUGUAUAAUAAUAACAUCCUGUAUAUCAUGUAGGUACAAAGUCCUUUUAUAUAUUGACACCAUGUAUUUUAAUACGUUCAGUAAAAUAUAAAAUCGUUUUUUUUUUGUCGCAAGUUCCAGUGUCUGAGGGAGGCGCGCGUAAAACUUAUUUCUUGAAAUCACCUCCUUUACGCUCGCACGGGCUGCCCCGCUCUACGCCACUGGUUAUAAUUUAAUAAAAAAAUAACAUUUUCGAAUCUCAACAUAUUGUACCUUUGCAUUGAUUUCUAUUCAUGACAUAUUGAGUGAGUUAUCAAUAUGUACUAAACCUACCGAACGAUAUCUUAAAUCGAUUAAGGUCUGACGCUCAAUGAAGGGAUAGGACAAGACUACAAGACCGAGCAGUUUCUUUGUGCAAAAUGAUUCAAUUUCUAUAAUUAACUAAAUUUACACUUAUGUCAUUAAUUCAUUUGUCGCGUGUUGUAUGGUAAUCAAAAGUUUAAACAGUUAACCAGGAUCAAGGAAUGGGAAAACAUUUAUGUCAUCUCACACACGGAAAUUGCUUUGGCAUGCAGUCAUGGCUUGAACUCUCAGCUAGUCAUGAGAGUACAAUUAUAUGUAGCUGUAAUAUGAAAAUCUUUUGCCUUACUAUAAUAUUCCUAUGUAUUAGAACAUCGAAUAUUCACCGCUCUAUAGGCCUAUUCGGUGUUUCGAUGUUGUUCACCUGUUACCGUUUUCGCUAUCCGCAUUCCAAACCCUUGUAUAGUCGAAAUUAUUUUUUGUCAAUUAUCGAUAUAUUUAUCCAUACAUGAAAUCGAAUAUUCCUUUAAUCGAUUAAAUCAAUUGAUUUAUUGCGGACCUAUGGAUGUUAAUGAAUACGAUUAAUCUCUUUGAAUUUUAAAUUACGAUUCAAAUCUGUAAUUGUAAUAUAUUAUAUUCAUCCGAAUUUGUCGUUUAAUCGAUAAUUGUCUAAUGGUAUGAAUUUUCUUUGUGCAAUUACAUGUAUUUAAUAUAUCGAUAUAUUGCACAUGUAUCCGUAGCCAUAGAUAUAGCAUAAUGUCGUAUGUUUACGAGGCAACAAUUGACGCGAUAUGUUAUGAAACUCAACAUCAUGUCGACUAUUAUGAGUAACGCUAAACUUUUUGUCUACCAACGUUGUUUAUUCUACAUCAACAACAUGGACAUGUUACUUGUUGCCUACUGAAUAUAUAGCUUAACAAAACCAACGCACAUAACUUGUGACAUUUCCAUUUUAGGGACUUUUGUAUUAGAUACAAUUUAAAGCGUACACAUUUUUAUCGAUAUUUAGAGUUAAAAGUAUAUUUAUAGUAGUUUGUCAAUUUAUGUGAUUCGAGUGUAAUUUUUCGUAACGUUGUUAAAGUGUUCAUAAUGUUUUAGUUGUAAAGAUUAUUGGGUCUUUUAUAGAAUUUAAUGGUACAUCAGGAUUAAGAUAACAAGGCUCCCUGGGCGAAAGUAUUUAAUGUUACUAAUAUAAGUAAUAAAACAACGUCAAAAGAUUACAGUCCUGAUAAGCCAUAAAAGAUUCUAUAUAUUCCAAUUUUAAACAUUACCUGACGGCGCGUAGGAUAAAAAUAGCCCAUAAUUGCACAUGUUAUAGCUUUUUAUACAACACUAGUGCUGUGACAGUAUCGAAAACUAUUUAAUAGACAUAAGUUAAUAUCGAUAGUUGAUAUCUCGUAUCUUCUCCUUCCGUCUAUCGCUGAUUACAGUCGGUUCUACUAUAAUUUAUUACCGAUAAUUUUAAGUGAUGUGUGCUAUGUUUAUUGCUAAUUUAUCGAUUUAUUUUUGUUUGAACGAGGUGGAAUAUACUUUAUAUUAAAGCAAAUUGGUGGAACUAGUUUCACAUUUAUUCAUGCCAAGACUAUAAUUGAAAUGUUCGAUUAAAUUCAUUGCUUUUAAAUAAACGAAAGCGAGAUUUUUUACGAGACCAUUAAGGGUUAAUUUACGUUGAAUUGCAUAAUAAUUAUUCUUAAAUAAGGCUUCAAACCAAUAUUGUACUUAAUACGAAAAAUUGAUGCUAUUUUUAUCUUUUAUUCUGUUGUAUUUUUUUCAAGCUUUUCAUAGUAGUAGCAUUUGUAUAGCACACUUAUGAUGUGUAGCAUCAAUCGCUGGUCUCUCAAAUGUACCUGUUUGAAACUAUUGCAGCUUUUUUUAACAAUUAUAUGAUAGCUAUUUGGGUCAGCUGAGAUAAUAGAUUAUAGUCAAAUAACUACAAUCUAUUAUCUCAAUGUUAGUGCAACUCAUUCUCACGGAUACUUAAUAUAGUGUCCAAAUUAUCUUUUUAUAUAAAUAUUUUUAACUAUGCGUCUAUUAUAAGAUACUGCCGAUUGCGCUUCUUGUUUUCAUAACCGUGGAGUAACUGUUAAGUGUGGUAAGUGACUUCUGAAUCCCUAAUUUAGAUCCUGAAGCUAAAAUUGGCAUCCUAAUUUGACCACACGAUAAAAGCAUUUCUUUAAAACUUAUUGAGUGUAGUUUCUAUCCGUGUUAGUGUAAACACAUAAAAAUGGGUUUAAAACAACUAUAUAUAAUUAUGCAAUUAUAUACUAUUCUUCCGAAAACACUUGACAGUUACACCACAAGACCAUUAUAGAUCUCUUAUUUUAUUUUCGUUCAUAAGUAUUAUAGUUUUGUUUGUUUACACCGGCUGUGUAUAUAGGUACAUAUUUAUUGUGAAUUUUGUACCGCGUAGUGUGUAGUCGAAGCAUUUUAUAAACAAGAAUGUGAGGUAAAAGUGUUUUUUUUAUAUCGCACAAGCUAUUGGAUUGUGAUAUAAUUAGCAAAUGCGCCGAGCUCAUAGAUCUUUGAAUAAAAAGUUUGUUUUUAUUAUAAUAUUUAUAUCUUUGAAUUAUAAUGUCGAUAUAGAAAAAUAUCUAUCACAGACUGUUUAAAAAAAAUGGAUAUUUCUUUUAUUGUAUAGACAAAAGGAAGGUCUUUAAACUUCAUUUUUGACAUAUCCACACUGUUUAAAAUAUGGCAACACAUAAUCGAAAAAUAUGAAAUGUAUGACCGACCGUAUUUUGUCUAAUAAAGACAAUAUUGAUGUGUAACAUUAUUUAUUCAAUUUUAAUGUAAAGUAGCUUAUUAUAAUUAGUGUCGUAACGGCGAUACCACACUGUUCGAUGCGUCCACAUUAUAAAUGAAUGUGGCUGACAGGCGAACGUGUGGUUGAACAAUUAAUACAGCUCUGUAGCUAGCUGUAAUAAAAGUUGUAAAAUACAGCUCCGUAGCUCGGUGUAACAACACUGUAAUAAAAGUUAUAAGGCAGCACAAUCAGAGAGCACUCUUACGAGAACAUUAUAAUAGCUUAAAUUUAUAAAUGUGUUUCGGUUUUGAAUAAUUAAAACCACAAUACUCAAUUAACCUUAACCUAUUUAUGAACAGUUUCUUCGAGACAACAAUGCAUACGAAAUGUUAACGUUUUGCUGUGUUAGUUACGUGUUAAAAUUCCAAGAUCCCUAGCUACAGAUCUGUUUUAAUGCACAAGGGCAAGUUCACUGUAUCGAACAACGGUGCAAUUAACAUCAACUUGUAACUUAGUGAAGGAUUAGAGUUAACGAAUUUGUAUCGUUUUGUAUCUAGUUUGUUGUCAAGCAAACGGAAAUGAAAAUAAAUAUGGGAAAAAAU